AUGCCUGGGGGUGGAAGACGCUGGCGCGAGUCCAAGUUUGGAAGGAAGCUUUUGCGCGGCCUUGUGCUUGUAAACCCUUUAUUCUCUACUUCUGCAAGGGUCACAUUGCUCUUCGAAUUUGUCUGUGACGUUGAACACUGCGCCGCCGCUUUCUUCGUCACCGGGCGGCUAGCUGUUGGGCCAAGAAUUUGUCGUCAAGGCGAACGAGCCUAUGCCACAACUCCAGUGAGCUUUUGCGGUCACAAGCAACUGCAAUGUGGCUGGGAAUUCGGGGGCUUCCAGGAGUACACAAGCAGGGGUACCGGAGAACCAACCCCUUAA